AUGCUGCUGCGGCUCCUCCUCGCUGGCGGGGGCGCAGGCGGCGGCGCGCCCUCCGCUCGAUUCGGCGCUCCCUCCUCCGCCCCAUGCGGCGUUCAGCUUGCAGGGCGGGGCGGGCUGCGCGCCGCGAUGUGCGAGCCUCAACACGACCUCUCUGAGGGAGACCUCUCUGAGGGAGGGGAGGUGGGGGCGUCGGUGUGCGAUCAGGAGGUGCUGUCGGCCCUCGCCGACGGCGGGGAGGCGCAGCUAGUGCAGGCAGCGCCGCCAGUGUACGACGGGCCGACUCCGGCCAAGGGGCUGCAAGGGCUCGUCUGCUCGGUGGAGCUGCCCGAGGUUGGGCUGGGCGUCGACUCGGUGACGCUGCCCGCAGGCGUGGCAUUCUGCGGCUACGCGGCGGGCGGGAUGGAGAUGGCGGCAGACUCGGAGGGCGGCAAGACGGUCGGCUUUGCGCUGCGCUCGGCCGACACCAGCGUCUUCUUCGAGCAGCAGCUGUGGAGCGUCGCCGACCUCCUCGCGCCAGGCAGCGGCGUUCGCCACAUCGCGGGCCACGAGGUGGAGCGCGACGCGGGCGGGCGCGUGCAGGCGAUCUCGCCGGACCCGGACUGGGGGGGCGCGCGCUAUUUUGUGCCGAGCCGCGAGCAGGGCGACCUCUCCAUCAUGAACAUCGGGCAGAUGUCCAACGACCUGGCCAUUGUGGCGCGGCCGAGCCGGCCAGUCAGCACGCUGGCGGCCGACGUCACCUUCAGAAACAGCGCGCCGAUGGAGCUCGGGUGUGAGUACGGGGAGCGCUACUGGUCGCGGAGAGCAGAGGCGGGAGAGGAUGGGUUCAGCUGA